AUGUCAUUCUUUAUAGAAGAAACAGAGACUUCUAGUUUCCCCAAGACGCCAAGGUUCUUUGAUAAUUCAAAGGUACCUGAUUUACGAACUUAUCAAUUAAUUCGUAAUAAUAAAACAGUUUCCUUUAAUGGACAAGUAACCAACUUUAAUUAUAAUCCAUUCAACUUACCACAACUGAAAACAAAAGCCAAUAUCCCAUUAGACUAUCAACAUUUACCCAAUCGAAUAAUAGUGGUUCCUUCUGGCUCAUCAACAGCACCCCAGGAAGAUCCAAAUACAAUUCCAUUUUUUCAAUUAGAUCGUGAACAAAGUAAGGAUCCAAUCGCUUUUAUAGAGAGUGUUCAAGAUAUUGGAAUGAAAUAUGGAGCUAUAAAGGUUAGAUUACCCAGAGAAGAUACGGACUUGUUUCAAUCCACCAUUCAGAUUAAUUCCGAUUUAUUUUGGUUUCAAACUAAUAAAUUAUUGAAUAAUCCUCUGGAUGAUGAAUUAACUAUGAGAUUACAAUUUCAUCAAGAAUUAUUGGAUUUCCAUCAAAGUGAUAAACAUCAAGAAUUUCUAAAAGUUGACGAUGAUCUAAAUAAAAAGGGUGCAAAUGCCAGUGGAAGUACGCCAUUUUAUUUAAGCAAGCUUCCAAUGAUAGAUAAACGACCUCUUGAUUUAUUUAAAUUGUUCAGAUCAGUGCUUAUUCGUGGUGGCUUUAUGGAAGUAAUAAAUAAGAAAUUGUGGGCCCAAAUUGGGAGGGAAUUGGGAUAUAAAGGGAAAAUUAUGACUAGUUUAAGUAGUUCACUAAAGGCAUCUUAUCAAAGAAUACUAUAUCCUUUUGAAUUGUAUUUAGGUGCAAAGAAAUACGAUUACAUAAACAAACAACCCGACCUUACAGAGCUACUUCAAGCGAAUGGGAAAAGGAACGUACAACCCGAUGAUUCUUUAUUGAAUAAAAGAGCUAAGCAAUCUACUGAGCAGGAAUCCCCAUUAAUUAUUGGAUCUUCCAAAGAUUUUAAAAGGUCGGUCAAAAGCAAGUCAUCUAAAGGAUUUUUGUUAAAUUCUCCGCAUUUAAUAGAUUUAAAACAACCAAAUGUAUUUGUAGUAAAGCAGGAAGAAAAGAAACGAAAUAAGAGAGCAAAUGACACCAUUGACUCCCCAAUACUACCUCAGUCACAAUUGAAUCAUGCACUUAAGGAUCUAACUGAUAAUCAAACACAAUAUCAAGAUGAUUCGCGUUUAAAAGCAAACACCAAAAUUGCGUCUAUUUACACUUUACGACAGUUUAUGGAGAAGGACUUAAAAUUCCAAGAAUUUAUAAUUCAAAAUAAUUCUAAUCAAUUUAAUAAUACAUAUCAUAAUGAUGCUAAUGGACCAAUUAUAGAGAGAAAUGUAAUCACACAUAGUGAGCUAGAACAGCUAUAUUGGAGGUUUGUGGGAAACAGGAAUAUUCACGAGAUUUUGAAUAAUGGACUUGAAUUGGAAGCCGGGCAAGAUAUUCCAAGCCACACUAAUGGUUCUGGGUUUGUUCAACUUGGGGAUGACUUGUUCAACUAUAAAAAUGCAUUGAAUAGUGUUCAUAUAAAUGCACCACCUUCAAAAUCAACAAAUGACAGCACUGGAAAUGGAAGACUAUUAUCGGGAUUACUCCAUAAUCAACCGCCAUCUUCGAAUAAUCCAAGAAAUCAAACUCAACUGAGAGAAUUCAAUUCUAAUAACUACAUUGACAAAAUAUUCAGAGCCGCCUUAAAUCCUUGGAAUUUGCAUAAUUUACCCACGCUUCCCAAUUCUUUAUUUGGAGCCUUAUAUGAGAAUGAUGCAAAUAAUCAGGAAUUGACAAAUACUAGAUUGAAUAUCGGAAUGACUUUUGCGACUGAGAAUUGGAGGUGUGAGGAUCAUUUCACUCAGUUGAUAAACUUUCACUUCUUUGGUUCGUCCAAGAGAUGGUACUUUAUCCCAGAACUGGAAUUUGAUAAAUUUGAGCAGUUAUUGGAAAAGUUGACUAACGAAUAUAAUGAUAGAUUGCAUAUCAAUAAUGAUGGCUCGCCUGAUGUAGACAAAGUUAUGGAAUUCAUGAAGGGCCAGGAAGAGAUUGAAUAUGAGGCAUUGCUAUCCUCAUUGGAAAACAUGAUAAAUACAAAAGAUGAUAUUCGAUUAGAACAGUCAAAUUCUCAAUUCCAAAAAUUGAUUGACUUGCAAAGAAAGAAAUUCAAAUAUAAUCAGGAAAUAAUGAUAAAUCCGAAAAUCUUACAAGAGAAUGGUAUUCGAUUUACGACAACAGUCCAAGAACCUGGUGAGAUUAUUAUAAAAUUCCCAAAGACUUAUUCGUCCACUAUUUCAUUUGGAUUUAAUUUAUCGGAAGAAGUUAAUUUUGUUACGAAGAUGUGGUUACGAUAUUCUCUUGAGGGUGAACGUUGGUUAGCGAAACAAUCUAUCUUGCCUAAUUUCCUGAUUGCUAAAUUGUUAAUUAAUCUCGCUCAAAUGUAUGACAGUGGACAUACUGUGACAUUUAAUUCUGAUGUUUAUUCAUCUAUAGCUGGGUUUUAUGAGGAAUUGUAUCAAAGGGAAAUUGAAAUGAGAAACAAAGUGAGGAAGUUGAAGGUGAAGGAAAGUCUUAUUGAAGAGAAGGCAUUUAUGGAUUCGGAUAUGAUUUCUGAUGAUGAUUUGACAAAUGUGUUUCCUUCAAAGGUUGUUUUGACCGAUGUGACGACUAAGCAAGUGUUCGUGUUAUCGAUGCAGAAUUUCUUGAAGUAUCAAGAAGAUAAUGUUAUAGAAGGUGAUCAAUAUAAUGUUGAAUUACAAUUGUUUUAUUCCGAUGAGAAAUUAAAGGCAUUUUCCAAAAUUUUGAAUAAUUAUUCCAUUGAUUAUGAAUCCUGGAUGCAAAAUUAUGAAUCAUUGAUGGAAGAAAACUCAGAUAUUUCAUUGAAGUCUUACAAACUAUUGUUGAAUGAAGGAGAAAAAGUCUAUUCUUCAAUAGAAUCAGCAAAUUAUAUGACAAGCUUGGGUCAAACAAACCUAAAAGUUGAUGAUGCCAGACUAGGAUUAUUCAAGAAAUAUAUUGAGAACUUGAGAGGUUUCAUUCGGAAUGCCAAUCACUUUAUAGAAGAAUGUCAGAAUUUGUUAGCAAUUAAGCAUCAGCAGCGUAUUAGAAAUGGGAAUGACGGUCGUCGUAUGAGUAAUGGACUGAAUGCCGGUACACAAGCAAGUUUAGAUGAUUUGCUCAAAGUAAUUGAUAGGAUCCCAACUUUGAAUUUCACAUGUCAGGAAGUCGAUCAGGUUGUGGAAUUUAAAAAUGAAAUUGAGAAUUUCGAUAAGGCAAGUAGAUUAUUGUUAUCUAGAAGAAAUAAAUCAUUGCAAGAAUUUGAUGAUUUGAUUAACCUAGGUGAGAGUUUUGGACUAGAGAUUCCAUCGUUGGAGUUUAUUAUUCGGAUUAGAGAUAGAUUACAAUGGAUGAAGACGUAUAGCUUGAUAGAUAAAGGAGUUGAUCCAUAUGCAGACAAAAAGGAAGUCUUCACGUUGGAUGAUCUAAAGAUGUUCUUUAAUGAAGGUGUGGAUAUAUUGUCUGGAAAUGAUAUUGAUGUUAUUGGAGAAGUGGAACAAAUUUACAAUAAAAGUAAAAUAUUUGAUAGAGAAGUUACUGAAUUCUUGAAGUAUGACGCUGUGGAAGAGUUGGAUUUAGAUGAAUUGAAGAAGCUUGCUGAAAGGUUUAGCAAAGAGAAAUUAUUUAUAUCUAUGGGUAAUUACAACGAACUAUCUAGACUUCAUUUAAAUUCAAAAUUAAUAAAACAGUUAGUGGCAUUUGAGAAAAGUGAAGAAAUUCAUUCUUAUGCUGAUGUGAAGCAAUUACAAAGUUCAAUUAUUGAGAGUGGAUUGAAAUUUAAUUCGCUGGUGUUUACAGAUAUAUUAUCUGAAACCGAGAAAUGGGUAUCGAAUACUUGGAAGAUAUUAGACAAAGUAACAAUUGUAACCACUUUGAGUAAAGACGUUGAUUUAGAAUUUUUGAAUCCAAGGCUAACCAUCAAUUGGAAAUUGGUUGAAAAGAUGUAUCAAAUUCUUUAUAAAUCAGAAUUCAGUUUAUCAGAUGAAGAUAAAUAUAAUGAAUCUUCAUCUUAUCUUGCCAAAUUUGCAUCAGAAGAAGAAGUUUAUCCAAGGUAUUAUUGUAUUUGUCGUGAAUAUGAAUAUGGAACAAUGGUUGAAUGUGAUAAAUGUAAUGAAUGGUAUCAUGUUGCAUGUGUCAAGGAUACGACCAAUACCAACGUUGAUAAGUACAUUUGUCCAACCUGUAUAUUAAUUGGAUCUUCUGAUAUGAAAAAUGCAUUUUUGAAAUCGCAAGUCACUCUUGAUGAAAUCAAGGUAAUUCUUACAGAAGGGAAGCAAUUAAAGGCACCUCCUACAAAUGAGUUAAACGUUUUACAGGAACUAUUGGAAGCACUUGAGAAAUAUCAUGAUACAUAUCGUGUAAGUUUGGAGGAUAUCCAGAAUGAAUCCAAAUCACUAGAAAUGAAAUUGGAUUCGUUGAGAUUUGUGAUGAGAAAAUUGUAUGGUUGUGGAUUGUUGUUAGAUGAUUUGUGGCAGCAUACUUUGAAUCUAAUCAAGGAGUGGGAGUAUGUAUUAGAAUGUUCACGAGACAAGGAAGAGACCAAUGAAGCAAAAGAAAAAGAAGCACAAAGUGCUGCUCAAGUUGCUGAAGAGGAUAUUGAGACUAUUGAAGCAAAGAAUGGAACAGCCCAAGCCCAUUAUUCUCAGUUGCCAGGGGCAGAAGAGACUCCAAAUACGGUUAGCCAGGAUGCUGAAGUGUCUGUAAAUAAUGGGGCGAAUGAACCAGAAACGAAACCAGAUGACAAUGAGGUACUUGACCAGCCAGCCGUGGUGGACUCCGUAAAUGGACAAUUAGAAUCUGCUACCGAGUUGGUUAUUGGUGUACAGCCUAUUAACAGGAAUACUGAAGAGUCUGUACUUACAGAGCCAGAGCCAGAGCUGGAAGCAGAAGAAUCAGAAGAAUCGGGAAUCGUGAGCGAUGAUCUACCAAAAACCAAAUUUGUUACCCUCGAAAUUCCAUCAUUGAAGCUGCAUAUUGUCAUAGAGGGAAAUAACGAUGAGGCAUAUGUUUCUUCCUUGGAUGAAAAUAAGACGAUGGCAUCCUCUUCAAAUGACUUUCCUGAACCAUCUGAAACUAACGAAGUUAAAAUUAAGCCUACAGAAGGAAUUGAACAAGAUGGUAAAGCAAAAGAGCAAGAUGAAGUAACAGGGAAAGACGAGGCUAUAUCUAUAGGUAAUCUUUCCCGGUCAUCUCACCUACCAUCUAGAGCUGAGAGUGACUCGUUUACAACUUGCACAUAA